AUGACUACCCCCAGACCGCUCCCACUCUCCGAUGAGUGGAAUGACCCCGACGAAUAUGUACAGGCCCUCCUCUCCUUCGCGACCGAGUCGGUCAUGUUCAUGAACGUCUGCGGUGGAGUGCAUAUCCUCGAUUUUCUGACGCGCGAUCCCGAUCUGUACAGCUCGCUUUUGCCAGAAGACUGGCGUGAAUUCUUCGAUCAUCACGAUAUCCACAGCAUCUUGCAAUUGCUACUUCGAGAAGACAUCGGUCCGCUCUGCGAGCCCGCAGAGACUGAUAGGACCGAGACUGAUAGGACCUGGAACGGAGGCGCAUUCCCACCCGCAUCCCUUCUCGAAUACAUUCGCAAUAUUCGUCGUUUGAGCCUCCGCCGUGACUUUGCUCCACCGGAGAAGAGCGAGCGUCUUCCGAAACAUAUCGCUGUCGGCAUGAACAAGAAAAAGACCCACGAGGUUGAGCAAUUCUCGCGUUAUGUCGCUUCUCUCUCUGAGACAGUUAAGGAGAGUCGUGGGGAGCCAUUGUCUCACAUCGUGGACUUUGGAUCUGGGCAAAACUACCUAGGGCGCAUGCUGGCAAGCGCGCCCUACCAUAAGCAUAUCAUUGCUAUUGAGCGCAAGCACCAAUACAUUAGCGGAGCUAAUCGUAUGGAUGUUCAUGCUCGGCUGGCCGAGAGGGAAAAGAAAACCAGAAUUCACAAUGCAAAGCUCAACAAAGUCAAGAGGCAAUGCAAAGACUGUACGGACAUGCCAGAGCUGGCCCCGGAACAAGGCACACCGCAAACCCAGGAGCAGGGUGAUGCUGUUACAAAAGAAGUUGCUCCAGAGAACGAAGAUAUAGUCAUCUCUGAUAUUCUGGGUGAUAUGACUUUGGGAGCCGAUGAUGUGCUAGGCACAGACUAUAAAAAGCCACACGUCCUACACGUGCCAAAAGCACAACCAGAGAUUGACACAAGAGGCACUGUCAGCUACAUCGAACAUGAAAUCAAGGAUGGGUACCUAGAACCGAUUAUCGAGCACGUUGUGGACCCAAAGACGACCGUGGAGACCCGCACUAGCACAGAGGAAGUCGUCGUCCAGCCGCAAGGAAAGAAGCCAAGCGAUGCCCGAGUGAUGGUCGUCUCCCUGCAUUCAUGCGGCAACCUCGUCCACCACGGAGUCCGCUCACUGGUGCUCAACCCAUCCGUUGUAGCAAUCGCCAUGAUCGGCUGCUGCUACAACCUCCUCACGGAGCGAUUAGGUCCAGCAACGUACAAAAUCCCCAUCCUCCGCUCCGCCCACCCCCGCCUCAAACAAACCGGAUCAUCUUGGGAUCCGCACGGAUUCCCAAUGUCCAAACUAUACGAAAACUACGAAGCCAAGACAACAAAGUCCUUCAAGCUCAACAUCACAGCCCGCUCAAUGGCCGUCCAGGCACCCUACAACUGGGGCCACGCCGACAGCGAAGGCUUCUUCACCCGCCAUUUCUACCGCGCUCUGCUCCAGCGCGUUCUCCUAGACCGCAACAUCAUCCCCAAGCCCGAUGUCCCAGACGAUCUGUACAAGGAUACCUCCGACAACCCCGAUGCUGGCGGUAUAGUGCUGAUUGUGGGCUCGCUGCGGAAAUCCGCCUUCGAAUCCUUCCCUGCGUAUGUGCGCGCUGCAACGGUCAAGUUGAGCCAGGAUCCUACUCGUGGCGAGAUGGUCAAGGAGCGCGUUUGCACCAUGACCGAUGAGGAGUUGCGGCGCUAUGAGGCGGAUUACAUGCAUACGCGCAAGAAUCUCAGUGUUGUGUGGAGUCUUAUGGCGUUUAGCUCGCAGGUUGUUGAGGCGGCUAUUGUUGUUGAUCGUUGGCAGUUCCUGCGCGAGCAUGACGACGUCAAGGAGUGUUGGGUGGAGCCGGUGUUUGAGUAUGGGCAGAGUCCGCGGAAUUUGGCUGUUAUUGGGAUUAAGAAGUGA